CGACUAAUUGUGUAACGCACACGUCGACGCAGCCUCUCUAUCCCUUAUUUUAUGUCUAUAGUAGCUCUCUCCUUAGUAGGCUCCAAGAUGGCUGAGGUGGAUUUUGGGGACACUGAGCUGUUUGAGCAAUUGGAUGGGGAUUUGCCGGCGUCGUCCGUACAUGUGCGCUUUGAUAGCGAGGGAGAAGCUAACGACGUACAGGAGCUGGUUUCUCAACACGAGGAGACAAUCAAUCGGCUUAGUGCAGAGAAUCAAGAGCUUAAAAGAAGAUUGUCUCUGCUGAAUCGACCAAGUGGGUUGCCUGUGGAGGAUAAGUUGGAUGGCCCUUUGCUGCAAAUCCUGUUUAUGAACCACAUCAUUUCAAAGCAGUAUCACCAAGAAAUAGAAGAAUUUAUAACCAGUUUAUUUCAGAAAUAUGAAGAGCAUCGGAAAUCCAAUUCUGAAAAAACCUCUUUUAAUAUUAAGCCCCAGCCAUCAAGUAUUCUGUUGGAAGAAAAUGACGAUUCCGAUGCAGAUACAAUGAAAAAUAUCAAACAAGCCUUUUCUGUUGUUGGUAGUGUCCAGUAUUUUAAGAAUUUUUGCCUUGACAAGCUUGGCCAGCCAUUAUUAAAUGAAAACCCACAACUGACGGAAGGAUGGGACAUACCAAAAUAUCAACAAGUUUUUACUCAGAUUGUCUCUCUAGAUGGGCAAGAAAUACAAGUAAAGGCUAAAAGGCCAAAACCAUGCUGCUUCAACUGUGGCUCAGAAGAACAUCAGAUGAGAGACUGUCCAAAACCAAGGGACCAGGCCCAUAUAAAUAUGAAGAGAAAGGAGUUUUUGGAUGCAUGUGGGGAAGCUGGUAACCAAAAUCAGCAGCGAUAUCAUGCAGAAGAAGUAGAAGAGAGGUUUGGGAAGUAUAAACCUGGUGUUAUCAGCGAGGAACUUCAAGAGGCUCUUGGCAUUAUGGACAAAAAUCUUCCUCCAUUUAUAUAUCGAAUGCGCGAGCUAGGUUACCCACCAGGCUGGUUAAAAGAAGCAGAGUUGGAAAAUUCAGGGCUUUCCUUGUAUGAUGGAAAAGAACGUUUAGAUGCAAGUGAUGGUGAAAUAGAGGACAGAGAUACCGAAGCAAAGAAACAUGUUUCAUAUGAUGUAUCUAAAUUGGUCAACUAUCCUGGCUUUAAUAUUUCUGCACCUCCUGACAUGUUCGAUGAAUGGCAAAUGUUUGGAUCAAUCCCAAUGCAGCAGGCUCACCAGAAAGAUAUUUUUGCAAACUACCUAACCGAUUCCUUUCCUCCUGGAUCCUCAAAUAAAAGCAAUAAGAGAUCUUCUUGCCAAUCAAGUUCCUCUGAGAGAAAACGGCAAAAAACAUCUGGAAAUCAUACAGUGACAUCAGCUGUGAUGGACAUGGAUAUGGAAUCAGAUGAGGACAUGUACCACUCUCGUGCUUCAAAAGGUUAUAUGUUCCAUCCACCUCUGCCUCCUGGUUCACCUUCUUAUGGUACUCCACCUCCCUUGCCUCGUGGAACUCCUCCUUCUACCCCUCCAAACUUCAUUCCACCCCCUCCGCCAACACCAACUCCACCGCCGCUUCCCAAAGGUACACCACCACCAACACCUAACCGAGACUCUCCAAAGGUUCCACCACAGGUCUUAGAUGAAGAUACAUGGACACUUGAAGAGCUGGAAGAGAAGCAACGGUUGCUUUGGGCACAACUUGAUAAUGGUGAAAGUACAAAUAGUGAUUGUGAUGCUCAUACACCUAUAACUGUGAGUUCUGUCACCUCUUCUCCAAGCAGGACCGAGUUAGAUAUUGUCACAGGACGAAAAGCGGCUCCUCGACAGACAGCCCAUGAAUUGAAGAGUCCCUGUGUUAUCACCAAAUUGUUUGUAGCAGAACCUGAAGAAGGGGGUCCACUUAUACCGGAAGAAGGUGGUCCACUUAUACCGGAAGAAGGUGGUCCACUUAUACCGGAAGAAGGGUGUCCACUUAUACCGGAAGAAGGGUGUCCACUUAUACCGGAAGAAGGGUGUCCACUUAUACCGGAAGAAGGUGGUCCACUUAUACCGGAAGAAGAUAGUGAAACAAAUGAGGACAGCAAUGAGUGUUAUGUGGUGGAAGGUAAUGAUAUAGAAGUAAACAAACUUUCCUCAAAACAUGAAAAUGCGUCCGAGAAGAAUCCAUCGGAUGAAGAUGCCACAGAAGAGGCAGCCUGCGUAGAACCCUCCCCAAAAAGAUCAGGUGUGCCUGAUGUGAGUAAGUUUGCUGAAGGGAUUACACCAUUUGAAUAUGACAAUAUGUCAGAUUCUACUGGGGUUUAUCUCCGGCUAAGAGGUUUGCUUAAGAACUCUCCAAGAAACGUACAAAAAAGUAAAAAGCAGGUUUAACAAAUUAAUUUCUUUGGUUGGAACUUAAGAGUAUAUUUUGGUUUCUCUAAAAACGAAACUGCUACAGCUAAUUUAUAUUGUUUGUCAAUGACUUCAUCAACUCCAUAAAAAGCAUAUGAUCAUUUUAGCUGGUUGGAAAUUCAGAGGCAUGUGGCAGUUGAGAUUUACAAGAAAUUACUGUGCAACUGUACAACAUGCUGUUCUAGUAAUGCAACAGUGGAUAGGGUAGGUGUUUUGUAUGCAUUUUCAUUUUUCACAUUUACACUGAACUACUAUACAUUCUUGGGUGUACAAAGUUUUGCUUAUUUUUAUUCCUUGGAUUGCCCAACUCCCUUGUUUAAUAGAGUAAUCUGAUCCUGGCUCUUAUUGGUGACUGCUGCAUGCGCAGAACUCUGUUCACAUGAAAGGGAUUAGUAUAUCCAUGCUAAUGGCAUAAUGUGUAAAUGGUCUCUGAUUUGGGACCUUGUCUCUAAUUUGGGACACUGGAAAGGAAAACCUUUCUAUUAUUUGUUAAUCUGCUCUAUGUAAACAUUACAUUUACUGUUAAUCUUUCCUUUGAUAACUUCAGCAUAAUAAAUAAAUUUAAAAAAAAUAGCACCUUUAGCAGAACCAUAAAUGGAAAAUACACACAGUUUGAGGUCUAUACACAAUAUUCAUUUGAUCAGAACCCAUUGACAACAUCAACAUCCACUGUCCGCAUACCAGCAAAAUGGCACUGUCCAUAUUCAUCUCCGAAACACCCUGUCCACUUGUGCAUUUGAUACAUCUAAUGUAAGUUUUUGUUGUUGUAGAUUUUAUACAGUCAGAUAUGGUGAGUUUAUGGUAGGGUGGUUAUUUUUUUUUUAUUUUUUUUUUUUUUAACUCUAGUAAAUUUUUUGGCAUUCUCUAUUUUCUGAUCUAUGCCAUAGAUCUGUUUCUUAUAUUGAAUGUUUUUAUCACUUUAAAAAUUUUACCUAUGAAUGGCAGAAAUAAGGCAUUCAGUAAUCUUCACUGGUCUAGAUAUUUGUAUACAUGAUUUCAGUGGGGCUUUUAGUUUUUAAAGCCACAUCUACCUUUUCUAAGACCAUUUCUCAUAAACUUGCUGUAUAGAUUAUAUCCAGUGUACAGAAGUUUAAUAAAUGAGUUUUUUUCAUAA